GGUUCCGGCCCGCUGGCGGUCGGCUCCGACUCUGGAGGGACCCUGCGACCUGUCGCCCUGCGCGUGUGCACUCCGCGGUACAGUCUCCCGCGCGCAUAGUCGUGGGCAGGAGUGAGGCCCUGCAGCGUCUCCCUGAGAGGCUAAGGGAGCGAGGGACCACCGGGUCCUCCUUGCCCUGCUCGGCGGGCGCUGGCUGCACCCACCUCCACCAUGCCCUUGGGCGUACCCUGGCCCACCUACUUGAAAAUGCUCGCCUCCAGCCUCCUGGCCAUGUGCGCCGGGGCCCAGGUGGUGCACUGGUACUACCGCCCUGACCUGACAAUACCUGAAAUUCCACCAAAGCCUGGAGAACUCAAAACGGAGCUUUUGGGACUGAAAGAGAGACACCGUGAACCUCAGGUUUCACAGCAGUAGAAACUUCAAAAUAUAGCUGUGAAUAAUACUUCUGUGAAUAAUGUCUUAAAUAUGUAUUUUAAAAUGUAUUAAGACUGCUUAAAACACCUAAUCUAGGGGGCUAGAGAGAUGGCUCAGAGGUUAAGAGCACUGUCUCCUCUUCCAGAGAUCCUGAGUUCAAUUCCCAGCAACCACUUGGUGGCUCACAACCAUCUGUAAUGGGAUGUGCCCUCUUCUGGCCCGCGGGCAGAAUGCUAUAUACAUAAUAAAUAAAUCUUAAUAUUUUUUAAA